AUGGCGGCGCCGGAAGCUCCAGUCAAGUACGUCGGAAUCGUAAAGGAAUCCGCCGCUUUUCGGCUAAUGAAAUCGAUGGGAUGGGAAGAAGGAGAAGGACUUGGUAAAGACAAGCAAGGGAUCAAAGGCUAUGUCAGAGUCAAGAACAAACAAGACACUUCUGGUGUUGGUGUUGAUAAGCCGAACCCUUGGGCAUUCGAUACUACUCAGUUCGACAACAUUCUCAAGAAACUCAAAGUUGUAAUGGCCCUUGCCCUUUUGUUUAUUUAUACGCAUCUUUUUGAAAAGAAGAAUGAAGACGAGGCUGCUGCCAAAUCUGAGCCUGUCAAGUCAAAGGUUACUAAAGUUACUCGUCCACAAGGAAGGUUGUAUAAACGUAGAGAGAAGGGGAAACUUGUCAAUUCAUACUCUUCUAAAGAUCUUGAAGGAAUACUUGUUAAGCGAACUGAGGAGCCUUCUCCUGUGGUUUGUGACAUAGCCGAUACCAUGGAGAUUGAAAUUAUAUCUGAGGACCAGCAUCCUGAUGUUAAAGAACAGGAAAUCGAAGAACCUUCUUCAGACUGGUGGGGAUUUAAAUCCGGGUUUGUCUCGGGUGGUCUACUUGGAGCUAAGUCUGGCAAAAAGAAAUCGUCAAAGUCUAACGAGAGAAAAAUGUUUUGUGAGGAUGAUCAAGAGAAUCUCUACAACAUGGUUCAGGAUAAAGCCACGGCUGGAAAACAAGGACUGGGUAUCAAGGACCGACCAAAGAAAAUAGCUGGGGUUCGUUACCAAGGAAAGAAAACAUCUUUUGAUAACAGUGAUGAUGAUACUGAUGAAGAGGAAGAAGAGGAAGAAGAUAGUGAAGAAGAUGAUGACAAGGACUCUGAUAUUGAAAAUUCUCUCCCGGCAAAAAGGAAGCGUGAAGAAAGUGAAAAAGAAGAUGACAAAGUCUCUGUUAUCGAUAACUCUCUCCCAGCAAAAAAGAAGCGCAAUGAAAAUAUUGAACCCAAAAUCAAGUUGAAGAGCCUGUGCAAGCAGAUUCUUAAAAAGAACGCUGGUAGUGGUAGAUCCAUGAAGCUGAAACAGCUUAAAUCUCUGAUUGAUGAACAAGCACCAUCAGUCCUCUCGGAGUUCUCUUCAAGGAAAGAUGCCAUUGCUUACUUGAAACUUAAGCUGGAGCGUAGUGGGAAGUUUGUUGUGGAGGGAAAGAAGAUCAGUCUUAUAGCAAAAAAUAAGUGAUGACAAUUACCAUUUAUACCUGCAUAGGACAGUGGAGAUUAGGACAAGUUUUGUUACUGAAUCAUCACCAUGCCACCAUAUGUAUAACAAAUACAUCUUUUUGAAAUUUUGAUUGUGUUUUGUAAUUUAUUCAUACAUUCCGAGUGUUCGCAUAAAACUUUACCAUAAUGUUUAAAUCUCUUUUAUUUAAAUGCAGAUAUAGAACAAAGUCUCCUCUAUUGUGUUUGUAGAAAUUUACAUGUUGGUGUAUGAAGUGUUAUAUGUAU